AUGUUGGUGACACAGCAGAGACAGUGGUGGAGACAACAAUGUGAAAAGACAGGUCACCCUCGGGGCUCAUGGACUUACCAGUGCUCACUUCAGUCAACUGUGAAACCCCCUAUUGGGUGGUGCAUGUACAAGCAGCUCAUUGCUCCUCUCUCACAUAGCCCAGUCUCAUGGAAGUUCACCAAUGCCAGCCAAAUCUCAAGGUGUAAAACAAUUCAUAACGUGACUAAGGGUAGGAGCCAAGCAUGUUCCUGUGAUGCGGAAAAGGUGUCACAUGGGUUAAGUUGUGAAAGGUGUGUAAAGAUGGGAGGAUCAGGGGAGUGGGGGAGUGGGGGGAGGUCAGGGAAGGUGGUUCUGGGGUUGUAUGGCCAGGCACCAUACAAUUUCUCUUCUAGCCCAAUUCAAGAUCAUCACAAACAAGUCACAGCCAGCAAUCAUGAUCAGCCCAGCCCCUCUAAUGCAGCAUCUGUCACAGUACAUGGUGUUGCCAGUCUUGGGCCAAAGGCCUCUGUCAAGCAGAGUAAAAUGUUGGAAUAG